GUUUUGGAGUAGCAUUUGUGCUCCAGGUCAGAUUAGUAGGGCAUUUGUAGAAACCUGUUUCGAUUUUCCGAUGGCUGUCUCUACAGUCCCCUGCUUUUUGGCACCCGAACAACUCGUUUCGCUGUCCGGCCGAAACAUUGCUGCCGUCAAAGGCAAAGGCAUUGGAGGAUUCCCCGCGAAGGAGGCCAGAGGAGAUGGCAUUUGGAAACUAUGCGCUGGGAUGGCGUUGGGUGGUGCCUGUGCAUUGCGGGCCUACGGCAAGGGAAUGGGCAAAGGCGGCAAAGGUGGAUACAAGGGUGGAGGUGGCUACGGAGGUGGAUUCAAUGGGGGAUUCAAUGGUGGCGGUGGCUACAGGAGUAGAAACGACAUAGAACGAGCAACAGAAGUAAAGCGCUCACGUGAGGCUGAUCAAUUCUUUCAAUUCCAACGACGAAUUGUUCAAAGAGGCGAGAUGCCUGUGUCCAACGAUCACUGGGUGGCUGAGGAAUCAAGGUUGUUCAAGCAAGCGCAUGUUUCGGCUGGUAUUGACUUCAAGAAAUACGACGACAUCGAGGUAAAGACCCAUGGAGGAUCGAGGGAGGAGACUCCGAUUGAGACGUUUCAGGAGGCAUGUGACCGCUUUUCUUUACCCGAUGAGCUAACUGCCAACAUCGAUCGUUGCAACUACAACGUUCCAACUCCUGUGCAGAAGCACAGCAUUCCUGCAGUGCUGGAUGGAAGUGAUGUGCUUGUCACUGCCCAGACGGGAAGCGGCAAAACAGCGGCAUUUUUGGUCCCGAUCAUCACCGCAGCUCUGAAAGCUGGACGCAAGCCCCCUCAGGAGGGUGCAGUGUGUCCCACCAGCGUCGUCUUGUCGCCCACACGUGAGCUCUGCCAGCAGAUUACGGUCGAAGCUGAAAGGUUGACCUUCCGCUCUGGUGCACGUGUCUGUGCUAUCUAUGGUGGAGCAGAUGCCAUUCCACAGCUGCGAAAGUUUGCAGGGGGCAUCGAGAUUGUGGUUUGUACUCCUGGCCGACUUGAGGAUUUCCUGCAACGUGGCGUAAUGAGCAUGGAAGAGGUGAAAUUUUUGGCGCUCGACGAAGCUGACCGCAUGCUGGACAUGGGUUUUGAGCCACAGAUUCGUGAGAUCAUCGAGAACCAUGGGAUGCCUCAGGCUGGGAAAGGUCGACAGACAAUGAUGUUUUCGGCCACUUUUCCCAAAGAAAUCCAAACCUUGGCGAUGGACUUCCUCGAUCCAAAGUACUACAGCAUCUCAGUAGGCCGAGUGGGUAGUACGACGAGCAGCGUGGAGCAGCGUUUUGAGGACUUGAGCUACGGCGACAAGUUUGAUCAGCUCCUCCAGACGUUGAAACAGGUGAAAGGUCAGAAUGGUCCAGCGAAGACCAUCGUCUUCGCCAACUCCAAGGGCAUGGUUGAUGACGUCACGUAUCAGCUGCAGAACAGCCGCAUCCGUUGUACCAGUAUGCAUGGAGGCGUGAGCCAGAGCCAGCGAGAUCGUGCCCUGCGCGAUCUGAAGACUGGCCGUGCUCAUGUCUUGGUGGCCACAGAUGUGGCUGCACGUGGCUUGGAUUUGCCUGGCAUUGACCAUGUGAUCAACUACGACCUUCCCUUGAACGGAGAAGACUACGUGCACCGCGUUGGUCGAACAGGUCGUAUCGGCAACAAGGGUGUGGCCACGUCCUUUGUAACGAGGGUUGAACCAGCCCUGCAGGACAUUGUACGAUCCUUGAGGGAUGCGAGGAAACAAGACAAGACUGCGUCAGAGGUGCCUGGUUGGAUGCAGGAGACAGAGACAGCGCGGGAGGCGAGGCGGCGGGAGGAGGAGGAAGAGGCCUCGCGACGCUGGCGCCUGGGAGCCGUGACGGAGUUCAGGCCAUCUUUGCCCAGCAUUCCGGACGCCACGAAACUGAAGCUCUUACAGCUCUGCAUGUCCGCGAGCCGCUCGGCGCGGAACUUUGGCGUGGCUCUCUACAACGCCUCCGCAGGUCGAUUUGGUGCCAACAAACUCUCAUACAGCAGAUCUCUUUGCUGCUUCGACACUCAAGAGAUGUGUCGUAAGCUGUGGCUCAUCCACGGACAUCAAGUGCUGGUGGAUGGAGUCUUCAGUACUGAUCCUCAUCCUGGGAACAUCCUGGUGGCUGGUGGUCAGCUGGGGUUGAUCGACUUCGGCCAGGUUUGUGAGAUGGACCUGUCCACGCGUCUCCUCAUCGCGCAUUUGCUCCUGGCAUUGGCGGCAGAUGACGACGAGGAUAUUGCACAUUGGUAUCAAGAGCUGGGGAUGAGCAGCCGCAACGGCAGUGUGGAGUUGUUGGCCCUCAAUGCCAAGGAGGAAAAAAUUUUCAUGGCAGAUUUUGGCAUGGCACUGUUGAAAGAAUGCUGCAUUGCUGCGCGCAAGUUGACUGACAACUUCCAAGAGACGCUGGACCUGAUGCGUGCCGAAGUUUUUGUGGCGACAUUUCGUGGCGUCAUCGUCCAUGGAAGUUCGACUCACAUUCCAGUGGCCGUGCUCAGGGAGACUGAAGGUGACAAGAGACGCUUCCGAGAUUUGAUUGCAGCUCAAUCGUAUACGGUGCCUCGCUUGCAGCAUUUGGCCAGCGAUUUGAGACUGGCGUUACACUACAUUGAUGAGUGGGAGACAAACUGGCGUUGUUCCGAAGCUUUGGCUUCAGUCAUGGAGCACGUCGAGGCCAUACUGGACAACUUGCGGCUGAAGAUCUUGGGAUUGCUUCAUGCACUUUCCACUGAACUCUCUGCUGCAAUGUCAGAUACGCUGUCUGAUGCACCAAGCUUGCCUCCUGAUGUUGAUCAGCAGGUUCGACUCCAGAAUUUAUUUGGAAAGGUGAAAUCUUUCGUGGAUGCUUUAUCUGUAAAGACUGCUCGCAUAGAUUGGCAAAUGGGUGGCCAAAAAGUGUGCAGGCCCUUUUGGGAGUAUUGCCACUCAGUAGGCCACAAACAAGUGGACGACAUGGUGAAAUUGGCUAAGCUUGGACAUGCUGCUCUCCCUGAAAAAGGCGCCCGGAUGCCCAAGGAGAAGCCUCGCAUGGAUGAGGCUGAUGUUUGGUUCCUCAACUUAUAUACAGGUCUUGCAGAGCCGACACCAGUGGAAGAUGGUGGCCAUCGCCAUGUGGAAGAACUUCCUGAUGCAGAUCAAGUGCAUGAAGUUGUCCACGAUGUUAGCCAUCCACUAUAUUCAAUGUCUGUUGGUGUUGGCAACCAGGGGGCAUUGGUCCCGAAGCGUUUCCUCAAUCAGGAGAAUUUGGCUUCUUUGUGGCAUGUCUACGAGCUGAACAAGUCGGAUGAGCCACGUGUGUCCCGGGAUACCUUCACCAAAGCUUUCAAUCGACACUGGAAAAGGAUUUUAUGCUUCAAGGGUUAUGGUCAAGGAGUACGAUGUCAAGUUUGUGCUGAUUUUGAUGAGAGGCGUUCGCAGCUGACUUCAAAGAAGGAGCGCCAGGAGAUUGACGAGUUGAAGCAGCAGCACCUCAACAGAUGUGACAUGGACCGAUCUGUCAAUGUCAGGGGCAACCGAUUGUCAAAGCAGGAUUCAAAUUUUAAGAUGGAGAACUCCUCGACUAGCUUCCUCAAGGUGUUGGUGGACGGGAUGGACCAGGCAAAAUUUCGAUGUCCCAGAAACUUGAAAGCCAAUGCAGCCUUCGCCAAUGUCCAAAGGCCGGCCUUGCAUCUCACUGGAGCUGUGGCAAUUGGCCUCUGCGAGGUUUAUUAUAUUCUUGCGCCUGACACCAAGAAGGACAGCAACAUGGUUGCAACUUGCUUGGCCCACCUUUUGGACAGAUGCCAACUUGUUGUCGAAAAUAGAGGACCAGAUUAUUGCUUGCCAAGACAUCUCAUCAUUGGAGCGGACAAUUGCACCAGGGAGACGAAGAAUGCCUAUUUGGCCCAAUUCGGUGCCUUCCUUGUGGGAAGGGGUUUAUUUGAUUCAGUGGAGUUUCAGUUUAUGGUCACUGGCCACACAAAGAAUGAGCUGGAUCAGCGCUUUUCAAGCGUUGCGACGAUUUUGAACAAGGCUGGCACCCUGGAAACGCCAUUGCAAUUUGCCAACUACAUGACGCACCAUGUUAAGCCAGCAAUGGCAACCGAGAUGCAGGUGGAGGUCUUGGAUGCUACUAGGGAUUGGCAAGCUUUCUUUGAACAUUUGAGCAUGCACGUGCAAGGGCUCACAGCGACCCACCUUCAGCCUGAUUCAAACCAUGUUUGGCGCUUUGUCUUGCGACAGCAAAUUGACCGUGCCCAAAUGGUGGAGAACCACAACCCAAACUGGAAGGAUUUUCCUGAAGACCCCAGGGAUGUUGUGCUGAUUCUCAAGCAGUUCAUGUCCUCGGCCGAAGCGUCGCAACCACCUCAGCUGAUGCUUCCAGCUCAGCUUCUUGGCAGUUUCAAGCGGGACCUCUUGACGAUUGCCGACAGAAGGCAGUGGUCUGAAGAUCAGUUGGAGCAGUACCUGAAGACUGCUCAAGCCGUGUCGUCGGAUCCAUGGAGACUCUUUGAGGCGCAGGCAUGGCUGGAAGGCUUGUGCCAUGCUAACAAGCAUCGGCUGUCCAAGGAGCCUCCAGUCUUUUCUUUGGUUUUGCAGGAGCAUGAAAUGCCUGAGAUCGUCACAGAUUUGCCAGAUGAAGCCCUGUUUCAGCCGGAUCCGGCACCUCGUCGUGUCAGAGUGUUGCUGAAGCGACCUGCUGCUGCAGCCAAGUCAUGUCGACAGCCGAAGAUGAGAAGACCUGCAGCAGCUCUGCCAGGUGCUGCAGUUGCAGCACCAGCAGACGCUGCAGUAGCCGCGGCGGCCAAGCCUGCUGCAGCACCUUCUGGAUCGCGACCGCCCAUGCGCAGACCCGCGGCUGCAGAACCCUCAGACCGUGCCAAUGCUCCUCCGGAGUCACAUGUGGUUGCAGAUUCAGAGAAGAUCGAGCGCUAUGGAUGCUCCAGGUGCAGAAGCGCCAGGAUUGGGUGCCUUCAAUGUCGAGCCUGGGUGGAACAGAAGAGCCUCCCUGAUGGCAGCACCUGCUCCUAUGUGCCGACCAGCUGCGGCUGCAAUGCUACCAAGCCCAUCAGACCAGAGCACGGCCAAACCUAUACGGAGUACUGUCGCGAGCUGCGCCAUGAAUGGGUUGUUGAAAAAGACCGCAAUGAGACCUUCCCGAUGGUCAAUGCAGCUGGAGAGUUGGAACGGGUGUCGACUGCUGACUGGACAACAUACAAGAGAAUCCAUUCCAGCCACGAUGGUUGGAAGUUGCUUCAAGGGCGCUAUCGUUGGCGCCGGGACUGGCAGCAGCAGUGGAGCAGCAGGUGCACCCAACUAGUCACUUCUUAUGAAGUUCCCAUUUCAUUGACCUAUUAUUUUUUCUCUCCAGUGCUCUGUUUCUGCGUCUCUGUGCUGCCAGUUUUUCCUGCCAUGGCUGACGACCUGUCCUCCACUGAGUCAAAGUCAGAUUCCAAUCGGAAACUGUCAAAGCGUCAAAGGAAACUUGCUGCCGCUGCAACCUUGCGCAUCCUCGAGCAGAAGCUUCAGAAGCGCCCAGUGACUCACAAAGGACGCCACUAUGAUUCCUUGGAAUGUUUGUGGAACUCCAAGGUAUCUUCAGAACCCAGUCAGCCUGCACAACCUGGCCCUGCUGCAGCAAAUGCCUUGAAGAGGCCUUUGUCACCAGACGAUUCUAGUCGAGAAGUUCGAAGUCGAGGAGAUGAAACUGGUGGUAUGCAGUCAGCUGACCAGUCAGCCGCACCAGCUGAAAUGCCUGCUCAUGACGAAGGCAUCCCAAGUGCGACUGCAUCAGCUUCGGGUAGCAAACCUUCAGCUGAAAGCCAGCCUACUUCAUCGAUCUCUCCUUCUUCAAAGGCAGUUGAGACAAUUGAAAUUGAUGAUGAGUGUGUGGAUGAUGCGUCCCAGUUCGCAAAGGAGUGGCUGGCCAAAAUGAGAACCAUUCUUCAGAACUAUCCAGCUGGCCCAGGAAGCUACUUGGAAGACAAAAUGAAGACGGCAGCAGACAAGGCUCGUUUCGCUACUUGGCUGCUGGAAACAUGGCCUGAAAGACCAGAUAUCUGCUAUCACCACGACCAAGUAGUUCCCAGUGUGCUGGAAGAUGAAUUGGCCCAGUCGCCACCACUUGCUAUCCAUGUGUCGUCCUUCAGCUGGACCGAUGGCUGUGGGGUGAAACCUGCUCCAGGACGUGAUUUGGCUUUGGGCCUCAUGGCAAUGUACCUCAAGGAUGGCUUCAUAACCAGCGGAGAUGUGAUUCUGAUGGCUCAGCCAUUGGCAGUUGAGAAGGCAGCUGGUCUUCCCAGCCUUUGGGGAUCUGAAGAGUCAGCACUCAAGCCUUUUAGCCUGGGAUAUUUGAAAGGACGUGCUCGACUUACCAGUCUCUUCGCUCUUCUUUUGUCAGUCUUUGAAGAAGAGGUCUCCUUGGAUGACUUGAAAAGCUUCUGCCCGAAGUUAUUCGAUUCCGUCUCAGUCAUUUGGGUUCAGCAUAUGCGGCAAAACAGCAAGGAAGAUGAGGUCUUGUGCAACCUGAAGUUGAGCACGAGAGGAUCCCUUAGAAAGGCAGCCAACCUCAUCCAAAUUGCCUUCAUGGUCAGACGUCUGUUGGCUUCAGGAGGCACCGACUACACUACUUUCCUGCGAAAGUACAACCAGCAGUCUGUUGCGGCUCACCAACUUCGCGGUCGCAAGCAAACUGCACUGAAGCUCCUCUUCGAAAGCGCUCCCAAGGACGUGCUGGAUGAGAUCCUCAACCAUGUUGGAACUCUUGGAUGGGAGAAUUGUGCUUGGACUGAGGAGAAUUUGGCUUCAAAACGUCUCUUCCCAGGACACGUUUUCCCAGCCAAGAACAGGAAGUGGCAACAGAGAUUGAGAGUCAGCGACAGGUCCUUGAGAAUUAUGGUUCUCAGGAUUCACUGGGAGCAGGAGCACCAGUCUUGUGAGAAGUGCAGCCAGAAGAAGCCGGAUGACAGAGCUUGUGAGCUACUGGCUGAAAAAGCAGCUUGCCUCGUUUCCUUAGCAGAUGAGUUUUGCUCUGAGCAUCCCAUCACCAUGGAGACAGUCCAGAAGAAGAUACUGGAUGAGUGGUCCUCUGGAUGCAAGCGCAUUGACAUGGAGCUGGCCGCGCAGUUACUGGAGAAGUCCGAAUCCUUUGCCAUUGCGACCCACAUGCCUUGUUUCAAGGCUUUGCUGGAGGAAUCUCUUUUUCGUGCGCCGGUGUCUUCUUCCCAAGAGGUGGAAAUGCGAGACAAGCUGAAGAGAGAUGAGUUCGACCAUGUUGUGAAGAAAAUGGACUAUGACAUCAAGGUCUUCGAAAUUUGGCAAUCGAAGGUCGCAUCAGUGGCAAUGGCUCGCCAGCAUGCGAAGCAGGAACAUGUCGUUUCUGAACACAGGAAAAUCGUGGAAUCAGUGGAAGCCUAUCUUGAUGGUUGUGUUCGCUUCCUGUGCUGGGAAGGAGUCAACAAGGGAAGUGAUAGCAUCGUUCCACAGGUCCUCUCAUUUCGCAUGGAAAUUUUGAGAAAGCUACGCAACCAAAACACAGCUGGUGCAGCUGCAGAUGUUCCUACCUUGGUCCUCAUGAAUUGGACCGCACCCUGUCUGUUUCCAGCUGGACGGCAGAAUGAUCACAUCAACUGCCUUGCGUGGGCGUUGCACGACAAUACCAACUCGGCUGCAAUCAUUUUCGCACCUACCUUUUCGUACCAGAAAGGAAAAACAUUCCUGGAGGAAAAUGCGUGCAUGCAGCUUCUGGCACAAGGAGGGCACAACUUGGACCAUCAGUUCAGCGUCUUAUUUUCUGACAGAUGCGAUCAGAGAGACAGCCGACCUCUGCUUUACCCUGCUCGUUGGGCCUUCCCAGGUCAUGUGGUUGACCUUGGAAAGACAAAUGCCUUCUUUCAGUCGGAGCUUCGCAAGGCUGGGCGAACUGAUCCUUGCAAGCAAAUGGCCGCCAAGGACUUGAAGGAAAUGGAAGACAUGGCUGAUGACAGCCUCCCAAGCACAACUUCAAGCAAUCACAUCUCUGGAGCAGCCAAGCAUUGUCAGUUUGGCCGUCCUGCUGCAGAAGAGGUCUUUCGCAAGGCCUUCAACCAAGUUGACCUGGAGAAAUUUCCAGCUGUGCUGAUCGUGGACCUCUUCCCCCGAGUUGGUGAUUUUGCAGGUGCUUUUUGCCGCCUCCGGACCCAAUUGAAUGCUGGGACCAGCUUGUUCUACAUUGGUGUCGGAGAGAAGGCCAAAGAAUUGGAAUGGCUUCGCGCGACUUUGCUCGAAGAGUUGGUGGAGAAAGUGAAGCUGGAAGGCUUUCAAAUUCCUGGCGCUCAGCCAUUUCAGAAAGAAGUCAACCCAGACCUCCUGGAUGCACUUCCCGCAAUUCCAAUUACCAAUCUUCUUGUUGUGACAGGUGAAGGUGAAGAUCGAAGUCUGGUGCUGCCAAAGCACUUGAUGCUGAAGUGGCGUUCUGAUGAAGAUUUCGGCGAUGAAUUUUCCAAGUGGCUUGACGCAUUUUUGGAAAAGUAUUCAGUGAGUGAAGAUGCAGACAAUUCUUCACCCAACAACAAGAGACAAAACAGUGAAGAAAAAACAUCGGAGGCUGAACCGAGCCCAAAAAGGUGUCGAGUGGAGGAAGUGCCUGCAGAAUGCUUGCUUCCUUGUGACAAAAUUGCAGAGACGCUUCUAUUUGAGACGAAGCUUGGAGGAAAAGAUACCAUUGGAUUCCAGAUCCGCACCAACCACCAGCUCUAUUUGGUCAACCAGACCUCCCAUGAGCUCAGUCUCAAAGCAAUGUCGCCUUUGGUUGGAUUUGGCAGGGGAUCGUUCAAGUUGUUCAAGGAAGGUGACACACUACCUGAGAAAGCUUUGCUUUUUCACAUUGCUUCCUCAGAUGCCUUGGUUUGCCUCAACGGUGCUGUGCAGACAAUUUCAGAAGUGCUAUUCAACCAAAGAAAAAUCAAGCCUGAGGCUACUGUCUGCUACCACAAGGCUACACCUUCUGGGCAAAAAACUGAUGGCCAGACAUUGUUUGACUUCAAGUUGACCCACAAAAUUUGCUUUGUGCCGCCGACGAAACGAGAUGGAGCAGAUGAAGGAGCAGAAAAACCCGGCAAAGAAGAGACUAUAUCCUUCACCAACAUCGCCUCACGCGAAACAGCUGGUACUUUUUGUGAUUUGCAAUGCGCAAGUCUGAUUUGGCAUGUGCGCUGGACAGUCAAGGGGCUGCAGCCGCUGAAGCCCAUGAUCCAUUUAACCAAAAAGCUUUGCCUUGCUGCAGGUCAGUGCUGCAAACUCAAUAAGCAAUGA